CCCGGCCUGGCAGCGGCGAGAGGAGCCGGGAGCGGCCCGGGCUCAGGGUGACACCAAGUUUGCUGCCAUUUUGCACCUGAAGGCCUGCUGCAUGCACAGUAUCUGUGCCUGGAGAACUGUCAGUCAAGGGCUGAGUUUUUUACCAAUAUAGUUAUACCAGUAUAAGCCAUAGUGUGGAUGCAGUUACACUGGGGCAGAUGCCUUGUCCGGCUAUAGCGUGUUCCCUUUGCUGUGUGGGAAUAGCUAUCCUGGUUAUAAGCAAUUUUAUACUAUGUAUAUAGUAUAACUAUGCCCACACUGGGGAAGUUGUACAGCUUCAUCUGUACUGGCAUUGCCCUGAUCACUGAUGGCAUUGAGCCCCUUGGAAUUGCCAACAAUGGGGUUAAAGUAGUAAGACCCACAUCUGAAAUCCUUCUCAUUCACUUCUUGAGGAGCAUUGCAGCAGCUGAGGUCAGAAUGCAGCCACCCAGACCUAAGCUAAGGAGCUGGCUCCCUGAGUCUCUUUGUGAGUCUCUAGGCUUUGAUGCAAUGCUCUUAGCUACAGUAUGUGAGCAUAUUAAGCCCCAGCUGGGGGUGACUGCAGAGAGAAGGUGCUGGCAGUCUGGAGACACUGUGGCUCCCACACACACUUAGCUCCGUUUCACUUUGUUUCAGCAUCCAUCUCCUAUCUGCCAAGGUCUGCGCUGGCAAAGGCAGGACUAGAGAGGUCUGAGUAAGGAGGCAGCCAUGACCAGCUCCCCUGUCUCCAGGGUUGUUUACAAUGGCAAGAGGAACAGCAGCCCUCGCUCCCCAAGCAACAGCAGUGAGAUUUUCACCCCUGCUCACGAGGAGAAUGUGCGCUUUAUUUACGAAGCCUGGCAGUGUGUGGAGCGAGACCUUCGCAACCAGAUGUCGGGCAGUGAGAGGGGCCUGGUGGAAGAGUAUGUGGAGAAGAUACCAAACCCCAGCCUAAAGGCAUUUAAACCUGUUGACUUAAGCGAUCUGAAGAGGAGAAACACACAGGAUACUAAGAAAUCCUAAGGCAGGUUCUGCCUUCUGAUUGGCUGGUGUCCUGAGGUCCUCAAGCAAAUUUAAUUUGAAGAUUUUGUGUUGAUUUCCUCCUCUGGUCUGUGUUCUGCCCGUGGAAGAGCUGGGCAGCUUUGGGGCUGGCUCUGAAGCUGCCCAAGUUUGAACUCCAUUGCUGAUGCCUAGAGCAUGUUGUACCGGAUUCCUGCCCCUUCCCUGUAGCCUCGUCUCGGACUGCCUUUCUCUACCUGUGUUGGGCCCACAAAAUCAACUUACUCUUCCUCCCAGCUCUGUCCUCAGUUGGCCCUGGGCUGCUCUUUGGCUGCCGAGUGGUUGGUGUGGUCCCUGGGGCUCUGGUGCUAGGGAGGACAGAGCUGAGUGGCUGCAUUUGGGCCAGUGGAGGUCAAGCCUUGUUCGCCCCUUCCCCCAGGUAUCGAGGAGCAGCUCUUGCUGCAGACAGGCUGAGAGGAGAAGGUGGGGCAUGCUCAGAGGCUGGAGGAGGAGCGUGCAUUGUUGUCCCUGCUGUGUGCCUCAGUGCCAGUGGGCUUGCAGGCCUUCCCCACAGCCAUGCUGCUGGGCAUGUGACCCUUCCCCCUCCCCUUGCUUGUCAAGUGGGUGAGGUUAGUUCGCAGCUGAGCCCCUAGCACUUGGUUGCUAACAGCUUCUGGGAUUGUGGGACUCUAAGAUAUUGUCCAUAUUAAAGAGCUGACUGGCUCUCUUCCCCAUAACUGGGCUGAGGCAGGUCCCAUGGCUUGGUGGGCAGAGCAGCUUCCUGCCAGGCCUUGCCCUGCUGGAGCUAAAAGGGGUGCACCCUUGGCCCUGAGCCCCAGAGACCAAGGUGCAUUUACAGCUGGAGCCGUGGAUUAUUCUCCGCUCCUUGCUAGGUUCCCUGACAGCUCCUUCCAGGCAGGAUGGGUGGGGUGGGGCGGAGCGGGGCGGGGCAGCACUUGCUGAGGGAGGCUUGGCUGUGGGAAGUUGUUUCUAUCUGCGUCCUUGCCUGGGCGACAUCUCCCAACGUUAGUACUGGAGGGAUUCCCCAGCCCUUCCAGUCCCCCUCCCUCCAUCUGUCUGGGCCCUCUGUGCAGUAACCCCCUUCCUGGCCAGGCCUGUUCUGUGAGGUGGGCCUGGAAGGGAGGUAGUUACACAGCCCCUAGUAGAGCCCAGCUCACUUCCUAAACAUCCCUUAGCGAGGGCAGUUUACAGUAGGCUGCUGCUGCAGUGCUAGGCUGAAUGCCCCCUCCUCACCCCCGGGCUCGGAAAGCACUUUGGGAGAUGGCCCUCUUGGGACCCUAGUACCUGACAAGGCUCGGGGGGGUCUCAGCAUGGCCCCACUCGGAGUGGUUCUGCCAUCAGUAUUGCCCUGUGAAGCACAACCCCACCAGUCAAGCAGCUGUCACCAGCACUGCAGGAGCAUUGUGGUCCCAGAGACCAGCAUCCUGUCCCUGCAGUGCUGCGGGAGCAGCCCCCUGCCUAGGCGCUCGCAGGGAGGGGAGCUGCCAAGUGCUCUGCCCAGCACAGAUGGUGGCAGGCACUGGCAGCCAGCCACUGCAGGGCUAAGAGCAGUGCAGGCAGGAUUUGUGGUCACUGUUACCUUCCCUUUGUUGUUAAGUCAAUGACCUAUGUUGUUCUUUCGCUCUGUCUGUCACUUGAGGAGUGUUGUAAAUAAAAGCUGGUUAGUCCUUUUGA